AUGUUCCCGCUCGCCCUCCUCACGAGGGCUGCAACCCGACCCCUCUCGGCGCAGCUACCGAGCCUCGCCCGUGCCGUCUCGCUCCCGCGCGCCACCGCAUCCUUUGCCACCGCCGCCACAAAGACGGCCACCCGUGCCUCGGCUUCCUCGAGCUCCACCCCCAAGCCCAAGCGGGCCGCCUCGAAAAAGGCCGCAGGCUCCUCUACCAAGAAGGCUGCCACCAAGAAGCCCAAGGCCGCCCCCAAGAAGAAGGCGCCCAAGAAGGAGCCCAAGCUCAAGCCCUGGCAAGCCCGCGGUGCCGAUGGAAAGCUCCUCCCGCUGCCCUCGGCGACCAAGCCCACGCUCCGGUCCACCUUCAUCAUCUACAUGGCCGAGCGCCUGCCCACCUUUAUGAACAAGCCCGAGUUCUCCAAGCCCAGCGCCAGGAGCGACAAGCCCGUGCUCGACAUCAUCAAGGCCUCGAAGCAGAUCGGCGAGGAGUGGAAGUCGCUGCCCGCCUCGGACAAGAAGAAAUACGAGGACAUCCACGAGAAGGAAAAGGCCGAGUACACCAAGGCCCUCGCCCACUGGAAAGCCUCGCUGACGCCCGAGGACAUCAGGCGCCAGAACGCCUACAUCUCGGCCCAGCGCAAGAAGGGCAUCAAGGGCACCGCGCUCCUGCGCGACCCCGCCAAGCCCAAGCGACCCAACUCGGCCUUCUUCGAGUACCUCGCCGAGCUGCGAGCGCAGGACUCGACCGGCGCCAGCGCCACCGAGAUCGCCAGGAAGGGCGGAGAGAAGUGGAAGUCGAUGAGCCCAUCGUCCAGGGCGCCCUACGAGCAGAAGGCCGCCGGCGCACUCGAGCAGUACAAGAAGGACCUCGACGACUACGUCCGCGCCAAGGAGGCACAGCUCUAG